GAAUACUCUGGCUAACAGCUGUGGAACAGGAAUCCGCUCCUCCACUAACGACCCCAGCCGCAAGCCCCUGGACAACAGAGUGUUGCACAGUCAAAUUCUACAGCCAGAACUUCGCCACGAGCUUCAAGGAGAGCGAGAUGAACGCCAUCGCGGCGGACAUGUGCACCAACGCCCGCCGCGUCGUCCGCAAGAGCUGGAUCCCCAAGCUGAAGCUGCUCAUGGCCGAGGGCGACGCGUACUCCGCCUUCCUCCCUGACGCCAAGAUGGAGGCCGACGCCCUAGGGGCGAGCCAGGCUUUGAACCCAACUCCCUGGAGGGUGCCGAGACAGGCGGCCUCGUCCGGCGAGUCGCUGCAGGAGUGGGCAGCGACGGAGGCACUUUGUUUUAGAUGGGGAGGUGAGUACAGAAGUGUUUAGAAGACGAAUGAUGAUGAUGAUGAAUACCUAUAUUUCCCUGUACUCCCCUCUUUCUUCUCCUCUGGGGUGUGGCCAUCCCCCUGACCCUUUGCCUUUUGAUCCUCCGAUAUGUGACUCUGAAACGUUGCUAGGGAAACAGGGGUUGUUACCAGGAUGUUAACCAGGAAGUUAUGCUUUAAUUUGAAAGCGAAAGUCCAAGCAAUCGUAACUUCUUAAUAUGGUUUCUGCUGUAUAUUAGUAUGGGGUAGAGAAAGGGUGAUGGGUUUGUGGGGUUGCAGUAUUUUUAUUUAUUUACAUUUUUAGUUUUUUAACCAAAUUCCUGCCUCUCCAUAUCAAAACACAUUCCCCUGGUUUUGAAUGUAGAUGUCAGCAACAUUGCACAAUGUCAGUCUGAACGAUUGUAUCCCAACCUCUUGAGGAAAAACAAACUGACAGAAAGAUAACUACUCUAUGGAUAUGAGAGAGACUGUAGUUUCUUUCUAGAAUGAGAGAAAAGGGGAGAGAGGGAGCGAUAGAAAGACCCCUACCCCACCAGUCCUCCAACCCCACACCCUUCUGUGACCAGAACAAAAGGAUUAGCCCUCGGUUUAAUGUACUGUCUCUCUUGUAGCUGUUAUGAUCACAGCUCCUUUCUCUGUUUGUAACAUGGAUCCAGAGAUGAGGACUACAGGUUGUACCAUAAUUGUAAAGAAAUCCAAGGGAACAGAAAAAGACGGUCAUAUUUUUUUGAAUAUGUAUUAUACAACCGUGGGUGUGUACAGAGAGAAAGAGAGGGAUUGGUUUUUAAAUCUCUGUUUUAUUGUAUUUUGAACAGCUGUUUUUGCAAAGAAAGUCCUGCUCCGAUAAAUAAGAUUUAAAAGCAAAUAAAUAAAAGUGCUAUUUUUGCAUAAAAA